CUUAGCAUUAGCCUUCAUGGCCUGAUAGCCUGGAGAUAACAAUGGCAGGUUUUGUUCGAUAGUCGAGCCCUUUCGCAAAGCUUGGGACGAUCCAACUUGAUCCAACUGACCUUUCAAAUCCCUUGCCAGAGCCAUGGCUGCCGACCAGUGGAAGGCUGCCUUUCUGUCCGUGUGCUUGAGCAGUGACUUCCAGCCGCUCACGGAGCUGCUCGCGCAGGAUGACAGGAGCACCGGCAUCAACGAGGCGAGCAUCGACUGGGAAGGUGUCUUCCUUACUCCGCUGUUCGUGGCAUCACUGCUGCGCCUGGAGGAUCAGUUGCCCCAGCUCAUUGCCGCUGGCGCUGACCCCAAUGCCCAGUGCUUCUACGAAGGCUUCUUGUGCUGUCCGCUGCACGCGGCAGCUCUGCAUUGCGACACCGCAGUGCUGACUGCACUCAUCGAGGCAGGGGCAGACGUGGCGGCGCAGGCAGAGGUAUCCGCAGUGGAGGGAGAUGAUGGCCCCAAACUGACGGGGUGCCAUGCCCUGCACGUAAUGAUUGCCAAAGAUGUCUACUCUGAAGAGGUCUACCGCUUGCUCAUGGGCCAUGGCUUGCGGCUGAGCAGCUCCUGCGGGGACCACUCCGGGCUUCUGCUGCCCAGGCUGCUGGGCAACACCCGCGCCACGGAGCAGCGAUUGGACGGGCUGCUGGGCGAAGAGGUGCGGCUGGCCAUCCGCUGCGCCGGGCAAAGCGGGGCGCACGCGCUGAACGACUUCCUGGAGGUCUUGUCGGUGCUGCGGCGCGAGCAUCACGUCACAUAUCGCUGUGCCAGCGACAUCGACUUCCGGAUCACUGAUGAUGGUCUUGCAGGUGCUGCACAGGACGAGGAGCCCUCUACCGCGUUGCUCUUCGCUGCGCAGGCGGGCAGCUGUGAGGCGGUGCGUCUCUUGCUCUACGCGGGCGCUGACGCGGGCCGAACCGCACGCCGGGCGCUGGAUGCACACGGCCGGUGCCUGGUGGUGCCAGCGCAGGCCGUGCACUUGGCAGUCCUGCGCGGCGACAUGAUGAUGGUGGAGCAGCUGCUGUUCUUUGGAAUCAGCCCAGACAUCACCUGUACUGGGCAAAUCAUGGCAGAUGAUCAGCCGCAGGAAGAGUGGAGUGGCCUGACGCUGGUGCACUUGGCGGUGUUGAGCCGGAAGUAUGACUUGGUGCCGACGCUCUUGCAGUUGGACUGCAGUCUAGAGGCCUCCGCCUGCACGGGCUCCACACAGGUGACCCCAUUGCACUUGGCAGUGCUACUGGAGGACGCCAAGGGCUGCGCGAGCCUCAUGGACAAGGGCGCCGAGGUCAGUGAAGCGGUGCGGUGUGCGGCCUACGAGCGAAGGUCCUUGGUGGAGAUGUUCGGUGGGGAGUCGCCCAUUAGCCUCGAGGACUGGGUGAGCGCCAUCCUGGAGGGCCAGCAGUCGCUGCGGGAACUCCUGGACCAGCGCACCAACCUCAACAAGGAGUUUGCGUGGCCGCACGAUGCAGCAUCCUCACGCUCCUUGCUGGAGGGAAAAGGCCUCUCCUCGCCAGAGCUGACAUCCAGGCUGCAAGCGCUGAGCAACGGCCGCACCAGAUUCCAGGGCUUUCGCCCCGCGCACCUGGCGAUCAUCCUUGACCAGGUUUGGGCUCUGCACGACUUACUGCAUGCCGGCGCAGAUCUGGGCGUGGUGCGGGAGGUGCUGCUGGAGCCCUUGGAUGACCCACUGCUGCAGGGCAUGGACUUGGACCCGGUGUUUCUCUGCGUGCGCCUGGGCACCCUGGAGAUGCUGCAGCAGCUGCAGGCCCUGCGCCAAGAGAUCGGCGCAAAGCUGCCGCUGGUGCCUGACCUGACCCCGGCCUUCUGGCCCUGGAAGGUGGAGGGGGUGGGUCUGCAGCCGCAGUGGGCAUGGCGCGGCCUCACGCCCCUCAGCUACGCGCUGCUGCGGGGCCGCGGGGAUGUGGCGCUGCUGCUGCUGAGGCUUGGAGCUGACUUGCUGCAGCCCUUGGACCACAUUGCCAUCGAGGCUCCGAAGCACUACUCCAUCACUGACAACUGCUUCAGAGGACUGACGCCGCUGCAUCUUUGUGCACUGCUGGGUCUUACAGCCACUGCCAACGGCCUCUUGACGGGCGCCAGCAGCGAUGUCUCCAGCGUCUUCCCCGGGGAGACUCGACCGCCGCAGGCCAAGGAGCUACUUGGGGCCACCUGCUGUCAGCUCUGGGCCACGCUGGAAACAGACGGUGACCCCGAGAAGGAGCCUUGGCUCUGGCGCGACCUCACCCCGCUGCACCUGGCACUGGUUGCCAAGAACUACGAGACGGCGGAGGCCCUCAUCGAGGUGUCGACGCCUGACACCUUGGACAUUCUCUGCAGCCGCAAGGAUGUGGACAAUGACACCGAGGUGUCGUACAGCGCCUUGUUACUGGCCUUCGAGCACCGGAGAAAGGAUCUUCAUCGCAAGAUUGCCAAGAGGUCGUGCUAGCUCCGCCAAAGAGUGGGCCUUGCUGAAUCGGCAGCAUGUCAGCACCAGCCACCCAAUCCACUGAGCAACAGGCCUGGAUUCAGAAGAUCAUGCCUCAAAGGAAGUUGCCACAGAUCUGGUCGAAGUUGCCCCAUGUUUCGAAACGUCCACUGGGC